AUGCAGCAGAAACAUUCGCUUGAUGGGCUGACUGUAGGCCCAGGAGCCGCAGCGGCAACGGAAGUGCCCUCAGUGGCACAGACAUCAGCCUGCAUCGAGGUCGGAGUAGCUUCAACAGCGACGCCUGAAGAGUCUCCCGCAGCAUCGGCAGCAGCACCGUUUGCUGCUGCUGGCGCUGCUGGCGCUGCUCCCGAAGUAGCUUUUCCCCCAGCCGUAACUGCGUCUUGCCCAGAGGCUGCCGCAGCACCUGUCUCAACUGCACCUGCAUCGUCAGCGGGAGCAGAGUCUGCUCCUGUCUUCGCUGCUGCCGCAUCCCCGUCGAGCACCUGGGAGAAGGAGCCAGCAGCUUCCAGCAGCAACAGCCGCAGCUGCGGCUCCCAAGGGGCAGCAACAGCGAGGAAGACUGUGGGGGGUGUGCGGUACAGUAGCAGCAGCGGGGCAUGGUGUUGCUGCUGGCUAGACGCAGCAAAUAAACACAAGUACAAAUACUUCCGCGUUCGAGACUUCGGGGAUGAACAGGCUCGUGUACUAGCUGAAAAGUAUUGGAGCCAUAAGAUCGCGGGUGGGGAUGCCGAGCAACACCAGCAACAGCAGCAACACCAGCAGCAGCAGCAGCAGCAACACCAGCAGCAACAGCAGCAACAACAGCAGCAACAGCAGCACCACGUUGAGAGCGAAUCCCCCGCCUCAGAUUCUGCAUGUGCUCCUGGCGUUGUUGCAGCUGCCGCCACAGAUACUGCUUCCAAUCCAGCAGCUGCAACAGCGAGCAUUAUUCCACCCACCGCUGCAGCAACAGCAGCAGCGACUGCUGCUGCUCCCCCUGGCGAUGGAGACAUUCCAGAAGGCGUCUACUUUAGAGGCUCAGGAUCUCAAGCCUCAUGGAUUUGCCGCUGGUCGUCGGGAGGCAGGAAAUACAGCCGAAGCUUUGCUGUAUCCAAGUAUGGUCCAGCCUUGGCUAGGGAACUAGCCUUACGCUUUCGGCAGCAGCUGAAGGAUACUGAGGGAGGGAGCGACAACCCCACCAAGACUAACAGCAACACCAGCAGCGCCUCGGCAGCUGCCGCAGCAGCAGUGGCAGCAACCCCUGACACAGAAGUUCUCUUCGUCUUGGAUGUGGAGGACGGAGACGCGACUGCUUCUGCCCCUGCUGCAGUCAGCAGCAGCACAAGCAGCAGCAGCACGAGCAGUUGUGGCUUGCGGUUCGAUUCGGAAGGUGUGAGGUGGAUUUGCUGGUGGCGAUUUGGCGCGGCAGCUGCUGCGGCUGCGUUUGUUGUUGGGCGCUAUCCGUUCGCUGUUGCCAAGCAAAAGGCUGCCGCUGUCUUCCAGUCGAGGGUACUGGAGCUGCAGCUGACCAGCGGCUGCAGCGGCAGUAUCCACAUGAAGAAGCUGCCUCCCGCUGGCGCUGCUGCUGCACUUGCAGCCGCGGCUGCUGCUCAGGCUGCAGAGGAGGGGCAGCUGCAUUACCAGCAACGCGAGUCUUCGACUCCCGACGAGACUCCCAGAGCGAGUCCAACCAGUUUUAGAGGCUUAUUCAAAUCCUCAGCAGCAGCAGACGCAGCGGGAGCUGCUGCUGCCGCACCAGCGUUAGGCACUGCAGCAGCAGCAGCAUUGGCAGCGAAAGCGGCAUUGGCAGCGACGGCAGCAUUCGCACCAACGGCACCAAAAUUACCCGCCGAACUGCCAGCCUUUCUUCAGCACCUGCCUCAGGCAUUUGUUGCGGAAGUGGUAGCGACUGCGGCUGGGGGUGCUUUUGAAGCGUUUCCUCGUCCUUCUGCUGCAACAGACGCAGCGGCAGGCGCUGCUUCUGCAGCCCCUCUUUACAGCCUCUGGGGAGCUCCAGUGCCGCUGACAUCCUUAGAUCCUGCAAAUGCAGUAGCAGCGGCAGAAGCUGCCGAGGCUGUUGGUGUGCGUGGCUGCGUCUUAUUUGAAUGCUGUGGCAACAGCGCGGCUGGUAGCAGCAGCAGGGGGAAGUGGGUAGCUAGCUGGAUCUCUGAAGGCUUUACUCGCAGGAGAGCUUUCCCCGUUGUUGCGAGGAGUGCCUCUGUCGGCUGGCGGGUGGCGUCGGAAGCAGCGCAACAGAUGGCUCAGAUUUGGCUACAAUUGAUUCUCUGUAAAGCAGCAGCAGCAGCAGAAGUUAAGGAGGAUCCUCCAUCUGCUUCGCCAUCGCAGGCGCAUUCGCAGAAAGCCGACGCGACGCUACCAGAACAAACAGCAAAGGGGGGAAGUCUCCGGAAGACUGAAGAAGUCACAGCACCAAAAAUAGAAGCGGCAACGCGAGCAGAGGAGUCGCAGCAUGCAGUGCAGCAGUAUUUGAGUUGCUGCAGCACACGUCCUGGACUGUCUUUUCUGAUUGAGAAGGGCAUGUGGGUAGUGGAUACUCGUUCGAAGGCUUUUCCUGCCGCGCCAUCAACGGCGGCUGCUGCUGGAGAUCCCACUACUGCCUGCGGAAGCAACGCCUUGACCUUUUCCGUGCAGGAGCUGGGGUGGCAUGAGGCUCGCUCUGCUGCUGUGCGGUGUUACGAUGAUCUUGCAGCAGCAGCAGCUGCAGUCGGUUCUGGCCCUGCAAGCAGCUGGAUGUACAGCACGAUGUCUGCGCCUGCCUGCGGAGGUGCAUCCAGUGGCUCACUGGCAGCAGCCGCUGCCGCAGCACGUGUGGCGUCGGCAGAAGCUGCGGCAAGCACAGCCGCACCAGUGAAUGCAGCCGCAGCACCCGUUAUCGCAGGAGGGGGAAAGCAGCAGAGAGGGGCUUUACGGCAGCAGCAGCAGCAGCCGCCAGCCGUAGAAGAACUGCUUGCUGCAGUGCAGCGCGCCUCCGUUCCAUGCGAUGCCUCAACAGCAGCAGCAGCUGCUGCUGCAGUGGGAGCCAAGCGUCAGCAGCAGCAAGCUCCUGCUCACGAGCGUCUUCUCCUCGGUGGCGGCUGCAACAACGCCUCCAAAAGUGGUGGUUGGACUGCCUAUCACCUCUUUCGACCCCAUCUCCGCUUUAGCCGCAGCACGGCAGCAGAUGCCUUCAGGGGUGGUGCCUGGCGAUUGGAGUGGUUGCAGCCUCUCACGCAGGAUGAAAAACAGCAAAUGCAGCGACAGGAGGAGCAACAGCAAGGCCUUGUAAUGCUGCAGCAGAUGAGCUGGCCAGUGUAUAUCCAGCAAGUCGGCGCUCAGGCUGCGCUCCUGCUGGUGCUGUAUCUGAAGCAGCACAUUGAAGCAGCAGCCGCCGCUGCAGAGGCAACGCCAGAGGAACUGCUGCAGCAAGUGCACCAGCUGCUUCUGCAAGCAGUUGCAAUCCAGCAAGAUUGCAUACGCUGCAAGGGUAGCCGGAGGCCGCUCCCGCAGCAACUGCAGCAGCUAGAAAAAGAGUUACCUCCCGAUACACUGCAAGCUGCCCAGGCGCUUCGGGAUACCAGCGGCAGAAGAAGGCAAACGGGUCCAAAACCUACUGCGGCUGCUCCUCCUCCUGCUGCUGCUGCUGCUGCUGCAGUUCCUGCUGCUGCUGCUGCUGCUGCAGUUCCUGCUGCUGCUGCUGCUGUUGCAGUUCCUGCUGCUGCUGCUACUGCGGCAGUUCCUGCUGCUGCUGCUACUGCUGCAGUUCCUGCUGCUGCUGCUACUGCUACUGCGGCAGUUCCUGCUGCUGCUGCUACUGCGGCAGUUCCUGCUGCUGCUGCUGUUGCGGCAGUGCAAGUGGAUGCUGCCACCCUGGCACUGCAUCAGAGGCUUUUGCUCCUGCAGCGGCAACUGUUGCUGCAGCGGCAGACGCUGUCAAUGCACCAGCAGCUGUCGCCCGACCAAGUGCAGCAGCUGUUGCAUGCGCGGCGGUUAGCCGAACCCGCUCAACAACAGCAGCAGCUUAUUCUUCAGCAGCAACUGUUACAGCUCCAUUUGCAGCAGCAGACGCAGCAGUUGCUACUGCGACAAGAGCACCAGCAAAGAAAGAAGGCGAGAAUCGAUGUUCCCCCAACCCUACAGGCAGUACCACCACAAGCAGCAGCAAUCCCUAGGAAGUAUCCCGAAGGGCUAGUGACAAAAUACGGUGCACUAGCACGAGUGGCAGCAACGGCAUCCGCGGGCACCGCCAUGGGUGUACUUGUCGAUAGGGACUGCUCCCGUGUGAAAAAUUGGCGGUUAGAUGGAAAGACACCUGUUCAACAGCAAGAACAAUUCCAGGGAGGGAAACAGGUUCUGCGGCCAGGAUAUGCCUCAGUCCGUGGUUGUGGCUGGAACUGCAGCCGCUGCCACAGUGCUUGUGCGGCAAAAACCAGCCCUGCAAAAGCCGCCUGUUCGUUCACUGUAUGCAUAAACCGAGGUGGCAGCAACCAGAGAGAUAUCUCUCAUCGCACUUCUCACUGUACGUCCGCGCAUCAAGUUCAAGAUGGGGAGGCCCCCAAAGAAGAGGCUGUGUGCUUGUAG